AAGAUAGUAAUAAAACACGUCCCAGCAGAACGCACAAAAAUAAUCUCACAUCAAACCAAACCAUGGAGGACAACGUUGGCGAUUUGAAGAUUCGGCCACUCUCACCAGAAUUGCUGGAGCACGCGAAAAAGAAGCUGAACGAAGAUCCAAAAAGACGAGCGGAUGACGUGAAGGCGAUUCGAGAAUGGCUGAAAAAGCAGAAGCACAUCAUCGGCGAACCAAGCGACCAAAUGAUCGUGAACUUCCUCAGAGGUUGUAAGUUCAGUUUGGAGAGGACCAAAGAAAAGUUGGAUAUGCACUUCACAAUGAAAACACUUGUGCCGGAGCUAUUCAAAAACCGUGACUUGGCCAGCAACCCGCAUUUGAGAGAAGCUCUGGAUCUGGGUUUCUUCUUUCCCCUCGGAUUAGACAAUGAAGGACGAAGAGUAUUUAUGUUUUUGGGAGGCAAAGAUGACCCUGACAAGAAAAUGGCUUUAGACAUUUUUAAGGUGAACUACAUGAUGAUGGAAUAUUUUUUAUUGAACGACGACGCUGGCGUAGUGAAAGGGGCAGUUUUCGUUAGUGAUAUGUCCAACUUUAAAAUUGGACACAUGACCCAAGCAAUGCCGAGCCUUAUGAAAAAAGUGGCUGUCUGCUCUGAGGAAGGCUAUCCUUUUAGGCCCCAGGCGAUGCACGUUAUAAAAAUGCCCUCUUUCAUGGAGACGAUGUUCAAGUUGUAUCAGUCUUUCAACAAAGAAAAACUAAACCGAAGGACUUUUGUUCACGGAAAAGAUUACGACACCCUCUUUGAAAAAGUGCCAAGGAAAAUAGUGCCACAGGAUUUUCAUGGCGAAGGACCGCAUUCUGAAGAAUUAGCUAAAAAUUUUGCCGCGGAGGUGUUUGCUUUCAAUGACUUUUUCGUGGCUGACGAGAAAAACGGUGUGGAUGAAAAGAAGCGAGUUGGAAAAUCGAAAACCAAAGAAGAUUUGUUUGGAAUGGAGGGAUCCUUUCGCCAGCUCACCUUGGACUAUAACCUUAAAAAUGUUGCAAACUGCGAUUACAUCACCUCACAUGUUCAGCUAACAUUGUCAGUUGUUUGGACCAAGAAAAUGGAAGACGACGUGGGCACUUUGAAAAUUCGGCCGCUCUCGCCCGAAUUGCUGGAGCACGCGAUCAAAAACUUGAAUGAAGACCCAAAGAGACGGGAGGCAGAUGUGAAAGCGAUCAGGGAAUGGUUUAAAAAGCAGACGCACAUCAUUGCUGACCCCAGCGACCAGUUGAUUGUGUCCUUCCUCAGGGGCUGCAAGUUCAGCCUGGAAAAAACGAAGAAAAAAUUAGACAUGUACUACACCAUUAGGUCGAUGGCGCCAGAAUUUUUCAAAAACCGAGAUUUGAACAAAGACGCAAAGCUCAGAGAAGUCAUCGAAAAAACUUACAUGUUUCCGAUCGGCUAUGACUACGAGGGACGUAAAGUGUACAUGAUGGUAAUCGGCAAGGAUGACCCAGAAGGAAAAUUUAAAAUGGAAGACGUAAUCAGGGGAAACUUUGUUCUGGUUGACUACAUGGUGUUGCACGACGAUGAGUCCAUUGUUAAAGGGAGCGUUCAAAUAGGCGAUUUAGCAAUGAUGAGAAUGUCCUACGUCACUCAAAUGAUGCCCAGCUUCAUGAAAAAAAUGAACGUUUGUUUCGAGGAGGGAUAUCCAUUUCGACCACAAGCAAUGCACAUGAUCAACAUGCCCUCGUUCUUUGAAAAAGUGCUAAAAUUUUUCCAGUCGUUCCAGAAGGAGAAAAUGACUCGCAGACAAACAGUCUACGGUAGUGACUGGGAGAAAAUGUAUGAAACAGUUCCUAAGAAAAUAAUGCCCAAUGAGUAUGGUGGCGAGGCAGGAACAAUCGAUAGCCUGAGCAAGAAAUUUGCAAAGGAACUGCUCGAGUUCAACGAUUGGCUUAUUGCUGAUGAGAAAAAUGGCGUGGACGAGAAAAAGAGGAUCGGAAGAGCGAAAACCAAAGAAGAUUUGUUCGGCAUGGAAGGCUCGUUCCGCCAACUUGAAUUUGAUUGAGAUCACAACGACAUCUGAUUUCAAGAGUUUUGGCUUUUAUUUUUUAGUUCUAUUCAAACGAUUACAAACUCAAUGCAGCGCAGAGUAGAGCCACCCCGUAUUUUUUUAUUCAUUUGUUUUUAGCUGAAAUAAUAUGUAGUGGUUGCGGAGCCGAUCUCCUACUCAUUUUUCAUUUUUGGCUCAAUGUAUAUUGUUAGUAUUUAUUGAUAAAUUUUUAUUAGGCGCCUGUUUGUUAGAAAUUCGUAAUGCAACAGUGAGAGAAUUUUUAUUUUAAUCAGAUUUCUCCGGACUUUCGACCAAUUAGGUCGCAAAUCGAAGAAGAAAAGUAAAGUCUAUAAAAAAAUAAUAAAGGAUAUCAGUGGGUCCCCUAUCUCACAAUGAAUAAACCGAUCAAAAGAAAAGCAUUAUCUCAAAACUAAAUCUUUUCAUAUUUUGCCUCCAGACACAAUGAUAAUAGUUUAAGUUAAAUAUUGGCAUUAUAAGGGUAAUGAGAGAAAUCUGCAAAAAUUUGCCAGAGGAAUAGAAAGUAAUUUGAUUCUGGCAACAAUAAAUGAUCGCAAAGAACUUUAAAUCACAGGUUUCUAAAAAAAAUUAACUGCACUUGCCGCAACAGUAGUGAGCACAAAUCAAAAAGAAGGAUAAUUAUUGACACAAUUAUUUAUUUUACAAUCAGCCUAAUUAGAAUAAACUAUUGCAAUUAUUUUUUCUUGCUCGAUUCUUGUUUCCAGUUGCAUAAUUUUUAAAUUGGUAUAAAUGGCUUGAGUUCAUGAAAACUUUUAGAUCUGACAUUAUCGCGCAGCGAAUAUACUUGCUGCAUAAAAAUGUUCAUAACCAUCUCACCUCUAGAAAUUUAAUGCUUUAUAAAA